AUAGUGAGGUUGGUGAUCUGCAGCUCGCGCAGGGAAGCGGUGACGCCGCGCAGCGUGUGGGCGUGUCCAGCCGAACCCAGAGCUGCUAGCUGAACUAGCGCGCUUAUGUUUUGAUCUCCCUCUGCCAAAACCAUGGCGUGUUGACGCUUUCCUUUCGUUUUUCACCUGGGAUUAUUUGAAAGCACGCCUCGCGGACGCCUCGCGCAAGGCUCGUGACACUCUGGGUUGAUGGAUGUGCAGUGACGCGCUCGGACACGCGCGCAGCGCUGGAAUAAUCCCCGUAAGCCCGUACAAGGACGUUAAUCACCGGUGGGCCGGCGUGGUUUUCGCGGAAGCAUUAAUGUUGUCUACAGUCACCCCUGACCUGUCUCCAGAGACUCCUCGACCCCCAGCAGCCACCGCCGGCCCCCGAGCACACCACAAGCCCAGCGAGGGCCACAGCGGGCAGCCGGAGCGCAGCAGCAUGGAGGUGGGCAUGCGGGUGGUGCGCGGUCUGGACUGGAAGUGGGGGAACCAGGAUGAAGGAGAGGGGCACGUGGGCACGGUGGUGGAGAUCGGCCGGCAGGGCAGCACUACUACACCCGACAAAACUGUGGUGGUGCAGUGGGACAGCGGCACUCGCACUAACUACCGCACGGGAUACCAGAGCGCCUACGACCUGCUGCUGUACGACAACGCUCAGAUCGGUGUCCGACACUCAAACAUCAUCUGUGACAGCUGUAAGAAGCACGGCAUCAUGGGAAUGCGCUGGAAGUGUAAGGUGUGUUUCGACUACGACCUGUGCACCCAGUGCUACAUGAACAACAAGCACGAGCUGACGCACGCCUUCGAGCGCUACGAGACGGCACAUUCACACCCAGUGAGCUUGACACCAAGACAGAACCUGUCCAGAAUCAUCCUGAAGGGAAUCUUCCAGGGGGUGAAGGUGGUCCGGGGGCCCGACUGGGACUGGGGCAACCAGGACGGAGGUGAGGGGAAGGUUGGGAAGGUAGUGGAUAUUCGUGGAUGGGAUCAGGAAUCAGGUCGUAGCGUGGCUAGUGUCACCUGGUCCAGUGGAACCACAAACGUGUACAGAAUGGGCCACAAGGGCAAGGUGGAUCUCAAAUACGUGUCGGAUGUGCAGGGAGGAUUCUACUACAAGGAACAUCUGCCCAAAUUAGGCGAGCACGCGGAGCUGCAGCGGCAGGACAGUGCAGACACUCACUCGUUCCAGCAGGGUGAUAAGGUCAAGUGUCUGCUGGAGGUGGAGAUCCUCAGACAGAUGCAGGAGGGGCACGGCGGCUGGAACCCAAAAAUGGCAGAGUACAUCUCCAGGAUCGGCAGCGUGCACAGGAUCACGGACCGCGGGGACGUGCGCGUCCAGUACAGUAACAACAUCCGCUGGACCUUCCACCCCGGAGCCCUGACCAAGGUGAACACGUUUGCCGUGGGGGAGCUGGUGAAGGUGCUGGAUGACAUUGACAGUGUGAAGAGACUCCAGGUGGGCCAUGGAGAGUGGACAGACAGCAUGGCUCCAGCUCUGGGUCAGGUCGGGAAGGUUCUGAAGGUGUAUGCAGACGGUGACCUGCGCGUGGCGUUCGGAGGUCAGACGUGGACCUUUAACCCCGCGUGUCUCUCUGUGCAGCCUGGCGAGGUCGACGCCAAUCUGAUGACGGCUGAGAACAGCAGCGAAUCAGGAAGCACGGUGAUUUCAGUCCUGGAGAAGCUGCUCUCUCAGUCCACAGAGCAGGAUCAUCCGGGCCGGCUGGUCAUCGAGGCAGCACACGGGAACACCGCUAAAGUGCGUGAACUGUUGCAGAAAUACCCUGACAAGGUGGAUAUUAAGAACCAGGGGAAGACAGCUCUGCAGGUUGCUGCCCAUCAGGGGCACAUGGAGGUGGUGAAGGUCCUGCUUCAGGCCAACAGCGGCAUUGAAACUAAAGAUGAGGACGGUGAUGCUGCGCUGCACUACACAGCGUUCGGGAAUCAGGCAGAGAUCGCACGCUUGCUGCUCAGUAAAGGAGCCAGUGUGAACCUGCUGAAUAACUCCAUGUGUACGGCGCUGCACAUCGCUGUCAAUAAAGGCUUCACAGAUGUGGUGAGAGUGUUAACGGAGCACAUGGCAGACGUCAACCUGCAGGAUUCAUACGGAGAUACACCCUUACAUGACGCCAUUGCCAAAGACUUCAGGAGCAUCAUUGAGAUCCUGAUUGUGGUGCCCAACAUCGAUUUCACGCAGCAGAACAACCGCGGCUUCAACCUGCUGCACCACGCCGCUCUGAAGGGAAACAAACUAGCGACGGAGAUGAUCUUGGCUCGAGCGCGACAGCUGGCUGACGUUAAGAAGGAAGAUGGUUUCUCUGCUCUGCAUCUGGCCGCCUUGAACAACCACCGAGAUGUAGCUGAGAUCCUCCUCAAAGAGGGUCGCUGUGACAUUAACAUCCGCAACAAUCGCAAUCAGACGCCGCUGCAGCUGGCCGUGACUCAGGGUCACGUGGCUCUCGUGGCUCUGCUGGUGACGGAGGGGGCAGAUGUCAAUGCAGAGGAUGAGGAUGGAGACACGGCCAUGCACACGGCCCUCAGCCGCCAGCAGCUGGCCUCCGUCAUGAGCAGCGGCGAGGGAGAAGGAGCGGUGCUCUACAGCAGGCUGUGUAGCUCAGGGCUGAUGGGAAACACUGAGCUGAACGUAGGAGCUGCUAUCGCUUGCUUCUUGGCACAGGAAGGGGCUGAUAUCAGUUAUGCCAACCAUAAAGGGAAAAGCCCCCUGGAUCUGGUAACAGACAGCGGCGUGCAGACUCUCAUCAGGAGCUUCGCAGAAAAACACAGGCUUCAGGCCGUCACCUGUGGCACAGGCAGCAGCAGCAGCAGUCUCAGGCGGGUACACACUACGCCCAACACCAUGACCAACCUGGCCAUGCCCAGCGUGACGGGCCCGAGCGAGUGCCUGAUCUGCUCCGAGCUCGCCCUGCUGGUGCUGUUCUCUCCGUGUCAACACAGCGUGGCCUGCGAGGAAUGUGCUCACAGAAUGAAGAAAUGUAUCCGGUGCCAGGUGACAAUAACAAAGAAAAUUCGACAAGACCAGACGGAGGUGGAGUGCAGCCCCAGCUCAGAGAACUCAGAGAAGCACAACCUGCUGGAGCAGCUGCAGUCCCGCUACAGACAGAUGGAGGAGCGCAUCACCUGCCCCAUCUGCAUCGACAACCACAUCAAGCUGGUGUUCCAGUGCGGACACGCCUCCUGCAUCGACUGCAGCGCCGCGCUCAAGACCUGCCCCAUCUGCAGACAGACCAUCCGCGAGAGGAUCCAGCUGUUCGUGUGACGCGCUAGCUCCUGUCUGUCCGUCCUGAGCCUCAGCAUUCAGCCCCCAGCGCUGCGUUUGGGACCUGGUGAUGGAUCGGUGUAGUCCUCUGACUAGCAUCUGCUUCGACGACCUACAGUAUCACCGAGUGAAGAGGAGCUUAAACACUUCGUGCCGCUGAAGAGCUAGAUUAUAGCGAACCGUAAAGCAUACCCAGCAUGCAACGUGAGCUGACAUGUCACGCAAAAUAAAACGUCUCACCAAACCUGUCGGGACCUGGGCCAUAUUUCACACUAAACUCCACAGGAAGAAAUCAUGUUCUGAGAUAUUUAGCGCUGCAUGAAGUUAUUUGAUUUUGUGACAUUCUCACCGGCGUCAGUGCUUAGAAAAUCUGAAGUGUUCAUGCAUCAUGGUAGUGCAGGUACUCUAGCUUUAAUUUAAUUUUUUUUUACAGAGAAUAUAAGGAAUAUUAAUUCUCCUAGAUUCACAAUGUGAGUUAUUGCUAUUUCCCGAGUGAUUUUUAGGGUGAAAUAUGAGCUGGUUGGUUUCCAUCAGAUCCCCCGCACACGGUGAUCCAGGGCUUGCUGCUUUAAACACUAACUUCAUUCUGAGCCAGAUCUGAUGUACACUUCAUGGCUCGUGUCCCAGCGUCCCUGAGAAUGCCGUUCACAUCACUUGCCGUCGUUUGUCCGAGGGUGAUGUCUUACCUCUCGCAGAGCAAGAGAUUAUACAUAAUGCAUGCUGAUGAGCAUAUUAUCUGCCUCAUAUAUUGUGUCACGAUUACCAUUUGUAGUGUUAUAAGAGCAGACGACCUGUAAUUUUUACCCAUGUGUGAUAAAGGCUCUGUGUCUGUGCGAGGGUCCGACUGAAAGACCCUUAAUAGCAUAAUAGUAGAUUAAUUUGUGGCAGCAAAGGUGCUGAAUGCUACGAGGAGUUCUUUAGUUUUUUCUCAGGUUUAUGCAAGUCAGUUCAACUCGAAAUGCAAGAAAUGGCCCUCUGUAAACUUUACUAAACGUGCAACCUUGUCCGCUGGCAUUGCAUGACAUUAUAAGCGUUUAUUAGCCUCAUAUCUCCCAAAGUAAUGCUUUGCCUAAAUGUGUUCUGAGAUGGACACCUCUUGUUUUGAACGUGAUGAAUUGGGAACUCUCCAGGGUUGUAGGUGAUUGCACCUAGAGAACCUGUAGAAUUGACUAAUGUAUGAUUUAAAGAAAUCACUGCAGUCAGCAGUUAGUUUGUGUGUGUGAAACACAAAGCAGAAUUGAUGGAAGAGUGGCAAAUACAGUAACUCUCUCCCAUACACCAGUCCAAAUGUCUGUCACGCUCCAGAAAUGGACCAUCAUCCAAACUGUGCUGUGGUGUAAGGAUGCUUCAAAAACCUUGAUAAAUAAUAAUAAUAACAGCAGGAGUCUGGAAAGCAGGAGGCUGAGUAAAUAAGAGAACCAUCAUUUUUGAGAGAGCUGCUUCUGUAAUGAGUAUUAUAUUUCACCUGCUAUUAUGAAGUGUAAAAUGUGUUAUAAUGGCAGUUGGGUGUGUUUUGUCAGAAAGUGUAUGUUACCCUUGUUAGCUGAAAUAAUUUCCAUGUUGUUCUUCAGCAUCGGUUCAUAUUCCUCCUGAAGUCUCAUUGUCUCAAGUGUUUUUGUUCCAGAAGGGCUUUCCUGGGAGUCUCUGUAGGUGUCAUUCAGUGAUGGGCUCUUUUUAUAGCUCCCUCUUUUGGGAUGGCCAACACAAACAUGUUGAUUUGAAUGUCUCGCUGUACGCCAACCGCUGCAGAGUUUUGCAGUUUGUCAGAAAUGUGGUGGCGGUAUUAGUGCCAAAAUUUGUCAGCAUGUGUGUGUGAGAGAGAGAGAGCACAGAUGCGUACAGGAGCUGUGUGUCCCAUGAGCCUUUGUACAGGACUGGACGUUUCUAAUGUGUUCAAACUGAUCGUUUGUGUAGUUCUUUUGCUUUAUGGGUUUAGAGACCAGUGGUUGAACAUGAAAGUCAGCGUGACUUGUUAGAACAGAAGGACGGUGUGUUGUCUAGUUUUAUUAGCUUACCUGCUAACAGCUCACAAGACACAACAGCUGCACACAAAAAACGGUGCAAUAUGAUGUAUAUUGCAAAAACGUGCCAUAAAUGUACCAUCAUGCACUGUGGCAUCAUUCACUGGCGCUAGAAUCAAAACUGGCUCCAUUUCUCCAAAAGUAAUAUCAGAAACGGUGAAUUUGAAGAGGAAUUGAGUCUCUUCGUGUAGAAUAUUGACAAUACACAAUUCAUCUAGAAAUGUCCAUGUGUUUAGACAGUUUUAGUAAUAUAGUUUGUGCUGUACAUAAUCAUCAUUCAGAAGUAAAAAUACAGGUGAGUUGUCAGCAGGUAAGGGCAAACACAUGAUGAUGAACUACAGAAACGGUUUGCCGAGUUUUACUUUAAGGAGUAUUUCAAAUAAAUAUAGAAAAACUAUUACGAAUGAUUUCUACAGUUCAUGAUGUGGAGUUCAGAUGUUGGCCUUACUGUCCAUUUGCUAUAUUUAUUUGCUGUUUUGUCUUUUUUUUUUUUUUUCAAGUUUUACUCUGUAAAAAUAUUUUGCAGUAAAUAUUGAACUGUUUUAUAAGCAUA